AUUACACCCUCACACCACACAGCCGCCGCUGGAAGCCCACUCUCCGCCCACCCAUGCCUCGUUGCAACAGCCCACUCUUUUAAUACAUACCCUGCUGCAACCCCGCAUCCCUAUAUGCCUUCACGCCCUUCACGAUCACAGCGAGAACUACCUUCUAGAAGCAAUACCCCCGGUGUUUAGCUCGGCUCAAAGCCAUGUCUGAGGACUUCUCUCCCUCCGCGGUGUUGGAGGGCAUGAUCAGUGGCACCUUGAAUGUAGACGGUACCGCGAAUUCGCCAGACACUGCGUCCGCGGAAACGACAGCUUCCCCGCAGCCUAAGCCGGCGUCGGAAGCGACGGAGGAUGAGCAAGCCUUGGAAUGGCACGAAGUCAUCGAACUGCAGGCUUUCAGCGAGAGAAAAGUCUGGAUAGAGGAGAAGAUCAAGUUCCUGGAGAGCCUUCCGCCCAUUGAGGUCUUUGCGGGACUGGAUGCCGUGCGCGCGUCUGCUGCGGAAGUCCCAGGGCUUGCUACCCGUGCUCAGCUCGAAGAGUGGUUGACGGAGCAUGACAGGAUAGAAAAGGACACCGAGAUUUUUGAUUCUGGUGAGCUGAAGAAGCUGAAGAAGUUCACGAAAGCCGCUGCCCAGCGCAACCUGUCCCCGGCGGACACGGACCUCAUUGAACUCACACUGACGACUAUCUACGAAUUCGACAAGUUGCUCCAUCUACUGCGAGACCGUUCCGAUCACUUAGACUUGCUGGGGAUUCGCCUGACAUGGGAAGAGCGUCGUAUUGGCGCCUGGACCGAACUUCGCAAGGUCCUCUCUGACAUUCGCGAGUUCCUCAAGACGCGUGCACGGUGGUCACCGUCUGUAUACGAUGCACCUGCUGCUGAGGAUGAAGUGACACCAGAUUCGACACCGAGACGGAGAAACUCUGUCGUCUCUAUCGCGUCCAUGGCAUCCGAUGCGUCGUCCAGCCUCGUGUCUCCUGGGUUCUCUCGCAGCACGCGCUUCAAGCUAGCGGAAAUGCUCUCCCGUGACGCAGCUCAGUUCGUGAGCCGCGUUUCCUCGCUCAAACACACUAAGAUUGCUGGCGCGGGCAAGACACUCGACAAACUGAUUGACCACAGCCGCAAGCCGGUCCCAGAUGAGCUGCUCGAUGAACAGGACAAGCUUGAGGACGAGGGCAUCAACACAAUGGAGGACGUUGGCAAAUUCGUCAUGGGUGUCGUCAUGCAGUGGAAGAAGGCUGACGAGCUGUACGUGGAGACCAUUAAAGACAAGGUCGCUGCUCAGACCCUGCUGGAAGAGCUCGAGGUCGCCAGAUUGGGACAUCCUUCCUCGCGCCAGGAUGUUGCCUUCUCAUCCCGUGCGGUGACCAUUGUCAACCGACUGCAGUCGCGCGAGAAUCCUUCUUCAGCGUCCUCGCUGUUUCCCCGACCGAUUCAUCCCCUCUUUCCUGACCAGCCUGAUGCAACCGAUGCAACUAUCAGCGUCCUCUCCUCCGAGCUGACAGCCGCCAUGGAGCAAGUCAAGAAGGCGGAAGCUCUCGCGAGGGAGUACCAUGCAACCCUGGAGGCUGUCAAACGUGUAGAGGCAGCUUGCAAAACCGCGUCGGGUCUGUCUGCGCAGUACGAGUCCAUCCUCGAGCGCCUGCAGACAGGUGUUCCCACAGAUCACGGCGACGGCAGCCCUCCUGAUCUGAGCACGGAAGCAUGUCUCGACGAAUCGCGGCAUGCAGUCUUUCUGGCCUCGCUACCCUCCAUCAUGCAGGAGUUGCAACGAGCCGACUCGGAGGCCACCAGCCUAUUACCAAAUGCCCGUGCCGCUCUUUUGCAUCUGGACCAUGCUGGUGUCGAUCCUCAGUUCAAGAUCCACUCCGCCGCGGAGAUUGAUCGUCUCUCAACUGCCCAACGAGCGGCGAUGCGUAUGCGCGAGGAGGUCACGGCCCGGGCGAUCGCGUUAGACACCUCGAGGCGAAUGUGGACAUCGAUGAAGCAAGCCUUCGCGGAGUCAGAGGACCUACGGCGUAACGUCUCUGCCGCUAUUGACAAGCAGAUGUGGCGGCAGCAGUUGCGGACGAGCGAAGCGCCACCCACCCCGGAGAGCCCGCGCACCGCUUUGCCCCCUUUGACCAUCUCGCCUGGUUCUGUGUUGGCGAGAGUGGAUCGCAUGCAAGCGCAGCUUAAGCAAGAAGUGUUUGAUCCUAUCACGGCGGUGACACCCUCCGUUUGUGCACCUCUAGCAGACCAUCUCCUGCAAUGCUCAACCGCUUUGGGGGACGUCCUAGACAACCUGCGAAGAUCUGCCAGGUUCUGGGAUGCUGUGCGGAACCAGUCUACUGAAAUGGGUGGCAUUCGUGACGAAGCCCAGUCGCUGCAGGUCCAGAUGGAGGACCUGAAGGUACGCUUCGACCGAGGUAUCGAAGACGUUCUCUCAGGUACCCUGGUGGGCGACGAGUUGCUCCUUACAGAGGGUGGUCUGUCGAGCGAGCUCAAACGCUGUCAAGACGCGGUUCGCACGUUCAACCAUGCUUUGCCUCGUCGCAUUUCAUUUGUAGGCGAGGACUACGCACCGAAGACAGGACAAUCGCCCUCGCAGAUACAUCUGCCCCUCAUCAAUGGCUUCGACCUCGAGGCCGUCAGGCGAGUCGGCUCGUAUGGCCUCCCGGUUGAUCCCGCUUCGAUGAACAGUGCUGUCCGAGCGGACUCCAAUGGCUACAGUAUGCUACUGUCCGGUGCGGCGAAGCAUCUGGAACAGAGGUCCGAGCAUUUCCAGCUGGUCAAGACUGCCAAGGCCGUCGACGUCGCGACCACUACUAUACUCAUCAACAUCCGUCGAGUCGCUGAAUCAGUCGCAUCCAUCAAGCAGUCCCUCGCAGAUCCUUCUAAUGUGUCGAGUCUGGAACGCCUCGAUGAGUUGGUGGACGAGGUUGACCGCCUGACCGAAAGUGAUGGCAUGGACAUCUCACGUUCUUUCUCUCCGGUCCGUGGUCUGCUCCAUCGCCUGCAGACGAUGCCGGACAGCUCUGAGUCCGGACUUCGCGAUGGCAUCGUACAUGGCCGGCAACGCGCAUUGGAUGACGUUGAGAGCCAACACGCGGCCUGGAAGGAGAGCGUCGCGGACCUCCGGACAAAGAUCACCCAGGCGCAAGACGCGCAACGGGCGAUACUGGCGGAGCAGCGUCGUCUUGAGGAGGAACGAGCAUUGGCGGCUGCGGCAGAGCAAGAGAAGUUGGCCGCAGAGGCUGAACUGGAGUCGCAUGCUGGAGAGAAACACGGUUCCUCUGAUGAUGUGCAAGCCCCUUCGGUUUCUGCUGGCGCAAUCUCAGAAUCUCAAGCAACGUCAGAGGCGACAGAGACAGACAACCCUGGUGGUAGCGGGGAGCGCGCCACAGAACGCCAUCUUGAACCUGUGGCUGAAUCCGAUAUGGAGUCUUCAAUUGCCCGAGAUGAGCAUGAACCAGAUAUCUUCAGUGUCGUCGCUCAGCCGCCCGGGGGGCUUGUUCUAUCCGGCUCUUCUGAGUUGCAUGAACGAAUUCUGGCUCUCAGGAAAAGAUUACGGUCCAUACACAUCAAUGAGGUUGCAAGACCUAGUUCGCACUCAUCAGACCUGUCGCUCCCGAGUGAUGAUCUUCGACGGGAGAUGGAUCAGUCUUUCACGGCCGUAGCGGCCGAAGCCCAACUUCUUACCUGUACCGGAACCGAUGGACCACAGGUCAGAGCAGAGUUGCAGUCUCUGCUGAGCGAGGUCGAAGCUUCUUCUGCGAUGAUGCGAACUGUUCAUGGGCUCGCUGACCUCGCACUCUCAUUACGGGGUUGCGACGAUGCGUUGAGCGAUCUGUUGGAACACAUUGACAGCUACCCAUCUCCGCCUCUUGGGAUGUUAUCGUCUCGACAUUUAUCGGAUGCCUCUUCUACUCCCGAGGAGCAACUCAAUGCCCGGUUGGCAUUCACUAGAGGACUGGUUGCUCAAAUGGAGGCUUCGUACGCUGCAGUCGCUGGUGAUCCGCGUGCUAUACCCGAGCGCGAUCGCAUCUUGCAAACUUGGAGCGAACUGGAGGCCAUGGGCAAUGACCGCGUCAGUGGCACGAAGUCGAGACCUGGUAGCGUCAUGAGUUCUGGUCGUAGCAGCAGAGCAUCAGGUACCAGCACUGCAUCUAUCCCUGCCAAGAAGGCGUCGAGGUACGGGAAGCUUUCAAUCGGAUCCGCGAAUGGGUUCCUUGCCCCGCCGUCUCUGGGCGCACGUCGCUCAACCUCUGGGUCGUCUACAGGCGGACAUGCACGUUCCAUGAGCAAGCCACCCACCGCUUCUGCAAGCCGGUCGGUAUCGGGACCAACGGGCACAUCUUCGACGCUAUUUGGCUCGACAUUUGCUUCCCGUCAGAGGACAAAUAGCACCGCUUCGAACACCGCCGUCAAGACGCCUCUGAGACAACCUCACCUCACACCAUCUCGUCCGCGCGCCCAAACGGGACAUACACCUAGCACACCGCGGACCGCAUCGCCUGCCUUUUCAGAUAUCUCAUCCCUAUCCGUAUCGCGCCCAGGGUCGCACCUCUCUCAAUCUUCAACCUCUCGAUCGUCUUGGGCACGUGCACCGAGGCAAUCAUUCCCUUCUCUGCCGAGAUCGCCGCCGCGUAAUAAAGGACCUGCGAUUGUAAAGAAGCCAUAUAUCGCGAACCCCAAAAACAAGUUGGAUGUCGCAGUUGGAGAAGUCGUCAACCGGUUGCCUGUAAACAUCACCGUCGAACUUAUUGCAGAUACAUGGAAAGAUCAAAGUGGUAAAUAUUGGAUAGGUGAUCAAGACCCCAAGCUUUGUUUCUGUAGGAUUCUUCGCUCGCAGACUGUCAUGGUUCGAGUAGGUGGUGGAUGGUCAGAACUUUCGAAAUUCAUCAAGGAUCACUUCGCUGAUGCAUUCCGAUUCCUUCCAGAAUCUCCGCGUCUAGGCUCGCGGGAGGAGAAGUGGAUCAAUUCCACGAGCCUUUCGCAAGCCGCAAUCCUCAUGACUCCUCCGAACCCGCCAAAGACGCCCGAGCCUAACGAGCCGUUCAUCCCGUCCUUCUCCCUGUCAUCGCCGAGUGGCGCUAGUCCAAAGUCGAUCAAGACCACGUCCUCGCCAGGCUCGCCCCUCACUCCUCUCCAAUUCCUCCGACGAGCAGAGAUGACCUCACGACCAGACACUCCGUCGAAGGUGACACGGCCCGGGGCCCCUAUGUCCAACACCCCUGCGCGGCAACCCGCUUGGAGACCGUAGUUUUUGUUGUUUGUUUGUUGAUCUAUUGCUACUUGUCUCCUCCCUCUCCCGCAUAGGACUACAUAUCGUAAGGUACGGACCGCUGGAUUGUAAUCUGACGUUGUGUUGUGCUUCGAGUAUACCGUGUCCACAGUUUUCAUUUUCUGGCCAGCAGGCGGCUACACCUGGUCCUCAGCAGGUGUAUGUAUUCAGGCUCAAGAGCAACGUCGACAAAGGUUAGUGCGAGCCUCAGCUUACCGAUUAUGGUAUUUGUGGGUCCACUGUUGGUCCGCUUAAGCAAUGGCGAUG